AGCAUAAAUUUAGGAGAACGAGCCGAAGGACAAAGAUUGAUUCACUUGUCACAAACAAACAGUUUAUUUUAUUGGCUGGUUUUAUUAUUUGGCUCUUCGGGAGUGUAAACUAAAGUUGGUUAUUUUGUACAAUGAGUGUUAUUGGAAAACAAUUGAAUAAUUUGCAGUCGAGUAACACUGCAACCCCUCCUGCUGAUAACGAAAAAAAUCUUCAAUCAUGCACAAUAACUCCCGACGAUGUGCUAAGACUAAACAAAAUAAGCGAAGAUUACUUGUGUUCACCAAAUGCAAACAUUUACGAUAUCGAUUUUACCCGUUUCAAGAUACGCGAUUUGGAAAGUGGGGCUGUGCUAUUCGAAAUAGCGAAGCCUCCUAGUGAACAAUACGUCGAAGCAAAUAUGGAUUUGAUGACAGCAACGGAAGAUCUAACAAUCGAAGAAACUGAUCCUAACGCUGGACGUUACGUUCGUUAUCAAUUCACUCCCGCCUUUCUCAGUUUGACCAGAGUUGGCGCAACUGUGGAGUUUACAGUUGGAAAAUUAGCAGUAAAUAACUUUAGGAUGAUCGAAAGGCACUUUUUCCGAGACCGCCUAUUGAAAACAUUUGAUUUUGAGUUUGGAUACUGCAUACCAUAUUCCAAAAACAGCUGCGAACACAUAUACGAGUUUCCCAAUCUUCCUCCGGAGCUUGUUGCCGAGAUGAUAUCAAAUCCAUUUGAAACGCGUUCAGACAGUUUCUACUUUGUUGACAAUCGACUUGUGAUGCACAAUAAGGCAGACUAUGCGUACGAUGGAGGAGUAGCCGUUUAAGUUUUGCUAUAUGUACCAGCACCAGUACUAGUCGGAAAUACUAUAUGUUUUUAAUUUUGUAACAAUCAUUAUUGACCAUACCGAAUGUUUGUGUUUCACCACAGUUAAAAGUAUGUCAAGUCGCACUUAUAAUUACAUGCCGGUAGCCGGAUUUGUGAGUAAUCUAAAUUGUAUUGAUUCAUACAUAACACAGCAUUGGCCUAAAUAGCCAAGCGUGGCCCAAUACGUUUCCAGCUCGAAGUGCACAAGUUUUCACAUUAUAUUUUUACUAAGUAUGAAAUUUUAAUAAAUUGCCUUAUGCUUGGGGUACUUCUUAUAGCUCUAAAUGCGAGUAUAAGAAAGUACAUACAAACAUACAAAAAAAUGUAAAUUA